AUGAGGGGGAAACAGAAGCCCCAAUAUGCCAGGUGCUGUUACAAAUGCAGCAGUGUCAACCCUAAUCUGCAGUCCUGCAUGAAACAGUGCAAUUUAUCGGUGGAAAAAGGCAGCUGGAUUGUAUACGAGAAUCCCUAUUACCUGGGACACCAAUACUUCUUAAAAAAAGGAGACUAUCCUGCCCACCACAAGUGGCUGGGUCUCAGCAAUUCUGCCAGGUCUUGCCAUGUCAUCCUACAAAUUGAUUUUUUUUUGCCUGGCAUUAUAUAUCACUUCCCAGAAGCACAGAUCAACAACAAGAAUGACUUCAGAGGCAAGAUGUUGGAGUUAAUGGAUAACUGCCCUUCUCUCCAAGAAGAUUUUCACCACAGCAACAUCCAGUCACAUCAUGUCCUCAAAGGAAGCAGAUUUCUCCUGAAGCCUGGUGAGUACAAGAGAUUCACUGACUGGGGUGCCACAACUGCCAAAGCUGGAUCCUUCCAGCCAGCAGUGAGCAUUUCCUAA